AUGGCGAAGUUGUUCGAGGAAAUCUUCCAAUCUGGAGGUUCCGGGGACACGCGCCUGGUCAUCACUGAUCCACGAGAUGCCAGAGAUCCCAUGGGGGCCGAAGAUGCCCUCCACCUCUGCUGUCACUCGCUGAUCCUCACGCAGCAGUCCUACUUCUACAAGAUGCUUGGCUCAGAGACACCCUUGCGAGAAGGCAUCACUCGCGAGGCUUUGAUCUCGGAACCGCGCACCGAGUUCGUCGAGCUGCUGCGGUUCAUCUACACGAACCAAGUUGACAUCAACGAGCACACGGUCCUUGGCCUCCUGACUUUGGCAGACAAGUACUGCAUAGAUGAGGUUGUGGAUCUGUGUCUCAAGUAUGUCAAGGACAACUUUGAUGCAGACAUGUUUUUCACCUUCUAUGACAUCACAACCUUCAACUCCACGUACCAAGACAAACUCAAGGACCAGCUGAUGAAUGCGAUGCUCCUGCGCAGAAAUUUGUGCGCCAUCACCGACGACCCAAGGUGGGAGCGGCUGCCCAUCGGCUUGGUCGAGAGCAUCCUACGACAGGACAACUUGCCCAUCGCCUCUGAAGCGGAGGUUUUAACCUUGAUUGCCAAGUGGAUUGGCAGCCGGCAGCGGAAGCAGGAGGAAGUCACUCGGUUGCUGCGCUCGUUCCGCAAGGGCGACAGUGUGCGGGUCCGCGUCUCGGACAUGGCGGCCCUGAUGGGAGCUCUAGGCUGGGACAUCUUUUCCGACAAGGUUCCUCGUACAGGUGCCUCGGUGUGGGACCCCAACUUUACGAUCCACCGGCACGAGGGUGCCGGCACGCAAGGGACUGGGCCUGCCGAGUCUGCAGAGCGCAGAGAUGGGAACACCGUCGAAAUCAUCCACCAGAUGGGCCCCAAAGACUUCCUACAGCAGGAGCCCGGGUGGGCCUACCCAGGUGCGCACCGGUGCAGGGUGAAGCUGACAUCCAACUGUUGGUCUCACCGUGAGCGCCGGCUGCUGCGCGGAGGGCCGGGCCAGGCCGUCGCGUUACAGAAGAGGGCCUUCGAGUGCAGUCCCGCAAAGCCCACAGAGCGCAGCCCGUCGCCGCCGCCGUCCUUCCAGGUACGGAGGCCACCGGUGGACACCUUUGAGACCUUCGAUAUCGCACCGAUGUCAGAUGGUUCCGAACAGUCUUUUCUGGGCGGUGCGGUCAUCAGAAAUUUGACGCAGGACAAGAUCGACCAUGAGCUUGUGGACCAUCAGGUCAUCUGCGGAGUGUCGAGCGGUUACCAGCGGCACGGCUUCCGGAUCUCCCAGUGUGACAAGAAAGCCAUCUACCUGGUAGAGGCCCUUUUGCAAUUUGGCAGAUUUGGUGAUGUUUAUUCCGCUGUGGAGCGGGCAUCUCGUGAACCUUAUGCCCUGAGAAUCAUCACGCGCACGGGGUCCUCGCUGAAGGAUCUCAUGCAAGAAGCGAAGCUAUGGCGGAGCGUGAUGGACAGCAAGUACAUCGUGCAGUGGUACACCAUUCGGGCGGAAGGGAACAGCCUGUUCUUCUUGAUGGAGAAGUGCCAGUGCAAUUUUGUGCGAAAGCUGCAGUUAUCCACGACCUGGAAUCUGCAAAAGUCGCGUACCGCGUUCAAGCAGAUGCUUCGUGCAGUGGAGUGGAUACACUCAGCCGGUGUGGUCCAUCGCAACAUCAAGGCAUCGAACUUCAUGUGCGGAGGGGACAAGGGCAACACCAUAAUGAAAUUGACCGACUUCAGCAAUGCUUGCUCAGCUCCGCAGGGUGGGAAGCUGUACCAGGAGGUAGGCUCCUGGCAGUACAGAUCUGCGGAGAUGCACGGCAAGGUGGGCUACACAGAGAAGACGGAUCUGUGGUCCUUUGGCGUCAUGGCUUAUGCCCUGCUCUUCAAUGAGUUUCCCUUCGCGCCUGGAGUCAGAGACAAGGACACCAUCAAGGCUGCCAUUCUAGGACAUGCGGAGCCACGCUACUGCCAGGUGCCAGGAGGACAGAAGGUCGGCGAGUUCCUCGGCCCCGCAGCGCGCUUCUGCCGCGUGCUGCUGCGGCGGAACCCCGACAUUCGCUGCAGUGCGCCAGAAGCGCUCCAGUUGGGGUUCAUCACUGGCAUGGCUUGCUCGGUGGAGAUGGAGUCGGACUGCAGUGUGAUCAAGAAGCAGGACCAGCCAUCGGUCCGUGAGCUUGCGCCAGCAGUGGACUGGGAUCCUGGGAGCCUCGUCGACUCGCAGUUUUCAGACUUCACGGUCUGUAUGACGCGGAAACAGCUAGAAUCGCUCCCGCUUCUCGGUGCUGGUGACUUGAACGGGAAGCACUCGGCACAGCUCGGAGGGACUCUGACCUCCGUCACCUUUGACCUGGAGCUCCUCAUCGGCGAGGCAUCGAAGUGCGGGAUCCGACGGUGUCGCCUGGCACUGCUGCGGAACACGCACAUGCUCACGGAGGAAUGGUUCGACGUCUCAUCGAAGGUUCCACUGCGUUUCUAUUUUUCUUCGUCAUAUUUUGACAAGAGCUCAGCCUACACCGUGGCCGUCCGUUGGCUGAGACCUGCUGAAUCUGUGAAUCGCCACUUUUACAUUGGAAACACGUAG